GGAUGUGACAGCGUCAAGCAGAUCGGGAGUGUGUGUGAAAUUCUUGAGACAGAAGAAAAAACAGUGCAAAACUCACAAGCAACAUUUGCUGGUAAUGGAUGUUAGAAUGCAGGUAGAAUGUUUGCCAGAAAAAGAAUAAGCAAUAAUGUACGGUGAUCUUGUAAAAUAAAUAUCAAUGCUACAAAAAAAGUGAUCAGUAUUAUUGAUAAGUGAUUCAUAACGCACACUUUUCUAAGCUCGUGAGUUCGAAAUAGCAACAACGAAUCAGUACGAAAAAAGUUCUUUACCUUAUAGUUUUGGUAAACAAUAAAAGGCCAAUCGGGGCUGCGUUUCACAAUGUCGAAUCAGAUGCAUUCCCAAAAUCCGGACGCAGCGCUGAUUGCUCGUAUGCACCAAAUGCGUUUGGAAGCUGACGGAAGUGGCAGUGGUGGUGCUGGUGCUGGUGGUGGAAAAAUGAUCGGUUCCCUAUCACGAGCCAACCUUCCUGGUAGUGGCGGUGGGCAGGAUUCUAAUUCCGACAGCAGUGCCUACGGUAUGGUGACUUCGACUGCAUCGGCUAUGGGAGCUGCGCCGGGUAGUAAUGGUGCGACUGUGGCCGUAUCGAUGGCCACAAUGGUGAACAUGAAUGACUACCGUAUGUACGAUCGGUAUCAGAAUCAGAUGCUUGCUGCGGCCGCUGGUGGGAGCAAGUUUCCCGUGCAGCAGAACAACAGUGCGCAUGCUACGGUCUCGAGCACAUCUGCGAUGGCAGGUGGCGGAGCCAACAGUGUCAGUACCAGUGGUGGCAGUUAUCAGUACAGGGUCAAUAACAGCCCCACCCAUUCGAUGAGCAACUCAUCCCAUCACUCUGGCAGCGGAGGUGGUGGUGGUGGAACCAUUCCUAGGACAAGCAGCUCCUCAGUAGGAUCGAUGCAACCGCAACAUUAUUACGAUUCGCGUUAUCAAACGGUAUACGAGAACAUAGACUGCUAUCCGACAGCUACGCAGCAGCAGCAACAGUUACAACAACAGUCAUUUGAUGCACACUUGUACGAACAUCGAAAGUUCGAAUCGCAUAACACAAAGGCUCAACCACAGGUUCCGGUGGGUACGGCAGGUCAAUCGUAUAUAUUGUCGAACGGCGUUGUGAUGGCCGGACGUGAACAUCCCGGAAUGAUGAAUAUGGCUGGCCGAUAUGCACACACUCCGCAGCCCCCGGAAGUAGCGAGUGCCGAACAGCCGCCAAUCUAUGAGAACUUGCAGUCUCCACCUUCAGCGGGACAGCAGGCACAGCCGCAGGCAACCAAAGGAUCCAUGCAGGUAUAUUAUCACCAGCGUCCAGAUGGCACCACUCCAAGCCCUAAUGCAAUAUCACACCAGCAGCAGCAGCAGCAGCAGCAGCAAAUGCCGCAUCAACAGUAUCAGCAUUCCUCAGACCAGCUGUCCCAGCCCAUCUAUGAAACGACAAAUGUGAAUUCGAAUAGCUACAGAACAAGUGCUAAUGCUGCUGCAACUGCCGGACCUAUGCAUAAUGCAGCAGCCGCUAUGUAUCAUCAUCAUCCACAGCAACAGCAAUACCAGCACUCGCCGACGAACAGUAGCAUAUCUGUUAAAAUUGCUCAACAACCGCAACCGGUCCAAUUGCCGAACGUAAAAUAUCACGCAACUGGAGUUCCGGCAUCUGCAGCACUGCCCUACGACUAUCAGAAAUCACCCAAACUUGGUGCAUCGAGUGCACCGUCAUUGCCCCCGAAGUCUACGGAAGCCCUCAAGACACAACAGAAAAACAACAAGUCGCCGUCGCGCAGCAGCUCCAUCUCUGGUUCAAGCUCGCUCAACAAAAGUUUUGUCGAGGAUAUCAACGGAUCGGAUUACGUCUGCAUGACUAGCGGCUCCAAAUACAACAACUCUGGGAACAGCACUUUACAGUCGAUCAAAACAAGCCCCCUAACAUCACCGCCAGGUACAACAACUCCAGCUGGCGUUGUCGCAGGUUCCACCACUGCUGCUAUGCCGGUGCAGGUGGGCCAAGAGCGGCAGUAUGCAACGCUUCAAGAAAUGGAAAUAGCAAAGAAUCAAUUAUCGAAUAACCAAGGGAAAGGGACCGUGUCAGCCCCUUCGAACAAUGCUCUUGGAAGUAAAUUGACGGCAAAUGGAAGUUCAUCGAUGGCCGGGGGAAUGGGCAUGGGAUUAAGAGGUGCCGUUUCUCCGACACCUUCGCAAUUGAGUACAGGAUCGGGCUCAGGAAAGCCAAAAGGAUUGACAAAAAAUCUACUCCCAUACAACGUCACACCACCAAGGCCCACAGGACCGACGGAGGCUGAGCGAAAGAUUGAGGAGUUGACUCGUCAGCUAGAAGAAGAGAUGGAAAAGAAUGAGGAGCAGGGUGAAUAUUUCGGCAUUUGUCAUACAUGCAAAGAGAAAGUAACCGGUGCCGGGGCAGCUUGCCAAGCAAUGGGAAACCUCUACCAUACCAACUGCUUUAUCUGUUGCUCCUGCGGACGCGCCCUGCGUGGUAAAGCGUUCUACAACGUGCAUGGGCGUGUUUACUGUGAGGAAGACUACAUGUACUCUGGAUUCCAGCAAACGGCUGAGAAAUGUGCAAUAUGUGGACAUUUGAUCAUGGAGAUGAUACUUCAAGCGAUGGGAAAAUCCUAUCACCCAGGAUGCUUCCGGUGUUGCGUGUGUAAUGAAUGUCUGGAUGGCGUACCCUUCACGGUGGACGUCGACAAUAAGAUUUAUUGUGUCAAUGAUUAUCAUAGUAUGUUUGCGCCAAAAUGUGCGAGUUGCGGUAAAGGUAUCACCCCGAUGGAGGGUACGGAGGACACCGUACGCGUCGUGGCGAUGGAUAAAGAUUUUCAUGUCGAUUGUUACAUCUGUGAAGAGUGCGGUAUGCAGUUGACGGAUGAGUCGGAUAAGCGGUGCUACCCCUACGAGGGUAGACUUAUGUGUCGUUCUUGCCAUAUACAGAAGAUAUCCAUUCAAGACAGACGCGGCCGUAUUCUUGAGCCCGUUUCUGCGACUUAUCAAUAUAUGGGUUAGUGAGGAAAAGAUGCAUAGUAUAUCUUCUUCGCGUAUAUGGAUUUAUAUCAAUCAUAGAUUCAGUUGGUUCUGCUGGUUCAGGAAAUUGUAAUUUAUAUUCCUGUUAGUGUCUCAUCUAUACAUUCUCAUCCGGUCACCUCAUUGGCGCUUUGAACGUUAUAAAAAAUGUGCUUUAAAGGCGCACAUUAAAACAUUAAACGUAACUCAUCGCUUUUAGUGUUUAACAGGUAUUUUACUGUUCGUGUUCAAUAGUACGACAUUUCACAUAAAAGCUUCACCCUAUCUAUAUUACGAGGAUAUUAUGAGAUAAAUGUGGAGACGACGGUGUUGCAUCAAGCGUGUUUCGGAGGUAGAUAAUUACCGUAACAUUCCGUUUAAAUGUGUAUGGGCUUAUUUAAAAAAAGAAAAAAAAAACAGAAAAAAAUUUAACAGUGAUCACAACUACGGUGUAAAGCCAUGGAAUGACUAGAAUGGGAAUUACUGCAAUAGCUGCAUGUAUUGCAUUUACCUUGGCCUCAACUAUGCCAAUGCGCAAGAUUUAGAUUAAUAAAGGCGAAGCAUAUUUGCUUAUUUCGUAAACUACCAGUAA